GGUCGGGCCCUGCACCGGUCUGAGACACCCGCGCGAGUGCAGACAGCUUCCCUGACUGUCGAAGACGUUCGUUUGUCGACAGCAGGAUGACGAAAGAUCUGGAGGAGAAGGUGGCGGCUGCACUGGCUCGUUUUGACACUGCAGUCAGGCAAUCAAACCCAAUCAGGCUCAAGCAACAGCAAGAAGACCCCCGCGAAAUCGACGUCCUUGAAAGGAUUGCAGCAGAGGUGGAUGGAGCGAGGCCUCUAGCGGACAAACCCACCUGCCGUCCGUGGGACUACGAGAGCUUCAAGGCCAGGCUGGCGACCUUCACACCGCUCAACUGGUUUUCCAAACCGGCCUUCGCGUCCCCAGCGGUAUGCGCCCGCUACGGGUGGAUCAACACUGGACGGGACACCCUUUCUUGCCAGUGCUGCAGUGCCCAGCUGCUCUUUGCAGACCAAGCGACCGGCGGCAACGGUGACGCUGCGAAUGACGAUGCUUGUGGCGGCGAUAGUGUAGAUAUGGUGGCCGUCGUCGAGCCAACGCCUUCGUCAUCGUUUUCAUCUCGGCUCAAGUCCCAGCACCACGACCUAUGUCCAUGGAAUGGCAACGCUUGCCCCAGAGAGUUCCUACAGCUUCCGCCCAUGGCGGUCGAAGAUGUGCUGGCAGGCUUUCUGGAACGACUGGACAGUCUGUUGCCCGUCAUGAGAGCUGCAACCCUGCCCGAGGUGUCCCUGCCGAGCUCGUUCGAACAACACUGCCCGGGUGGGCUGUCGGCACUUGCCGCCAAGGUGAGGUCUCUCAGGACACAAGCACGAUCACCUCCCGCCGAUGCUACUGAUGCUGGUACCAAGGCUAUGGCGUCGGUCGUCGUGACCAGUGAGGAGACUUUGGAAAAUCGCACAGCAGGGGCGCACAAAAAGCAGAGGAGUGGGAGCGGCAAUGCGGCCGGUUCUGCCGACAACCGGGAGACGUUGCGGUUUGGGGAUGAGAUGCUGGGCACCGCUGCAGCAAUCGCCAUGUUUGGGUGGCAAUCCGCUCCGGCCACGGUGCCGGUAGGCGUGUGUGCUGCUGUGUCUCCGACAGAAGGCUCGUCCAACGGAUCGACCGUUGCUGUUGCCAAUGGACGUGCUAGAGCGACCGCGAAAUCCCCAGCAAGGCUCAGCUGCGCCCUGUGCAAGCGCCGCCUGGUGACCGACAACUUCCUUACAUUGGAACCAGGGCCCAGCUCAGGGGUUGGCUGUACCGCCGGCACUGGUGCGGAGGAAUCGCCCGGAGCUCUAAGCAGUCCUGGGGGUCGGGGGGGGUCCGGUCGGAGUGGCAAGCGUAGACGCCUGUCGGGAGGUGGGACUCCUUUGAAGCCGAUGGAUCUGGCCGUGGAACAUCGCUCGUUCUGCCCCUGGGCAGUCGUUCACCCGCCCGCGGCAGGAGAAGAGGCGAUCGAAGGCGCUGUGCCCGGGUGGCGGUUGCCGUUGGAGGCGGUCCUGGGCUGGCAAGACCCAUCUAAGCAGCAGCAGGUGCUGUCGACACAGAAGGAGCGCGGCGGUUUGAGUGACGCUGCUAACAGCGAGGUUGAAGGAGCACUGGAGAAGGUGCAGAAGGUGCUGGGCGUCCUUAUGCGAUAUUGACGCAUCUCUUCCUUCUUCACGCUGCAGGUGUAGCGGUCGUGAGCGCCAUGAAAUUGUUACGGUAGCAGGACGAUCCAUCCUGUUUGAAGCGUUAGUGUUCUUAAGCGGGGACGAUUGACAUCUCGCGGCUUGUGGACUCCCUUGCGCUGUCGCUUCCCCACGUGCCUGCUCUGCUGGGGCGACUCCUAAGAGUUUUGUUUGUGUUUCGUACAAACUGCCGCAUUGUUGCCACCUUUGCGGCGGUCACCUUUGUGCUUGUCAAGGUCAACCGCCUUGCUGUGCACCGUGCUUAGUGCACCUACAAUAGCUAACCUUAUUGUAAUGGACUAAGCAUGCUGUUUUUUUGUGCAACCGGUGUUGCAUUGCUGUUGGAACCCCGAGGUCACGAAGAGUACGGUAGACCUCGCGUACCAGGCAUUGGACAUUCGUGAGGAAGAACACCUACUGUAUGCAGCCUAGAUGCCGUAGGACGGUACGCUUGAGAGCGCGAGGCAGGACGAAGUGCAGGAGCACUGCCCACUACACGCGGUCACAAACGUAGUGUCUUUGCCCGCCCACCCACCCCUGUUCUUUCGAAGGUGGGAGAACGGAAAAUGGCACGAAGUACUUGUGGUUUUCUCUGGUUGGUGUCCAGUAUUUCUAGGGUUUGGGGUGAAGUAGGAUGUACGAACUUGAUCGCGACAUAAUGUAGCAGUGGUCGGAAUUCCUCUCUGCUGGGUGCAGCUGACGUGUGAGCAGAAAGAGAGAGAGGGAGAAAGAG